CGGCCGGAGAGCGACGAGCGAGCUGCUCAGUCCCCGCGGCCGAGCCAGCGAACGGAAGAACAGAGCACGCCGCCGGCGGCGAACCCGCGCAGAGCUCGGCUCAAUUAUGGAUGCGGAGAUGGGCGACAGCUACUGGGAGGAGACGCAGCGCUACCUGGAGUACGAGGAGCUCAGCAUCUACCUGGAGGCGCAGGAGGACGCCAUGUCCUGCUACGACUCCAGCUCGCCGGACGGGUCCAACUCCCAUUCCUCCUCGGCAGCUCCGGCGGGUGAUGGUAAGGGGGCCGGCAGCGGCGCGGCGGACGGGGCCAACAAGAACAUCAUCAUGGAGCGCGACCGCCGCCGCAAGCUCAACGAGAAGCUCUACGCGCUGCGCAGCGUCGUGCCAAACAUCACCAAGAUGGACAAGGCAUCGAUCAUCAAGGACGCGAUCGAGUACAUCCAGCAGCUGCAGGCGGAGGAGCGGCAGGUGCUGCAGGAGGUGCGCGCGCUCGAGUCCGCCGCCGGCGCGCCGCAGGCGAUCGACGACGAGGGCCUCCUCCCGCUCGAGGCGGCGGAGCGGGCGAAGAAGGCGAAGCGCGCGCGGUCGUCGGUGCCGCUGUCCGCCGCCGCCCCCCACGGCGCCGCGCCGCCGCCCCCGCCCCUGGAGGUCCUGGAGCUGCACGUGUCGGAGGUGGGCGAGCGCGUGCUGGUGGUGAGCCUGGCGUGCCGCAAGCGCCGCGACGCCAUGGCCCGCGUGUGCCGCGCCAUCGAGGAGCUCCGGCUCCGCGUCAUCACCGCUAGCAUCACCUCCGUCGCCGGAUGCCUCAUGCACACCGUCUUCGUCGAGGUAGAUGAAAUGGAUGGGAUCCAGAUGAAGCAGAUGGUCGAGGCUGCUCUCGCUCAGAUCGACGCCACCGGAAGCCCGCCAAGUUACAUGAGCUAUUAGGCUGAGGGCUAAUAAUAACUAUGUCAGGAUAUGAUAGUUUUCCAUCUAGUUUACCAACAUAGUCCCUCGCCAGAUAAGAAGUUAUGUUGUGUGUUUGCUGUGUGCUGCUGCCCUUUUCUCAACAUCCCCCUUACGCAUGUGGGAGGUACGGUGAUGUUCAUUUUUCUAAGAGGCAGCCGGUCAAAAUUUAGGUAGUAGACUGAGCAAGUUUGGAUUUCAUGUCAUAGGCCUUGACGAGCAUAACAUAACUUCUUAUAUGGUAAUGAAUAACAAGUAUAUGGUAAUGAAUAACAAGGGGACUCACCCCUUAAAGAA